CCGGCGGCGGCAGUCGAGGCAUUCUGGUGGCGGCCGCCGCUGCUGGAAAGAGCAGGAGCCCGGGCAGGCGGGCGGGCGCCGGGUGUGUGCAUGUGGGGGUGGGCUGGUGGGAAAAUGGCGGUCGUGGCAGCCUGGUUUUGGAACGAGCGCUUCUGGUUUCCGGGCAACGUGACUUGGGCCGAGUUGGAGCGAAAGACCUCCGAGGGAUACCGCGCCGGUCACCUUCUAGCGGCGAUCCCGCUCGCCGCCGGCCUUUUGGUCCUAAGGCACUUCUUCGAGAGGUUUCUUGCCAAACCCUGUGCUGUGCAUGUUGACAUUCAAGACAAUAAACCACGCAGAGCUCAAUCUAAUGCAAUUUUAGAAAAAGUGUUUACAUCCAUCACUAAAUGUCCAGAUGCAAGACGGUUAGAAGGUUUGUCCAAACAACUAGAUUGGGAUGUCCGAAAAAUCCAGCGCUGGUUUCGACACCGGAGGAACCAGGAUAAACCCAGCACCCUUACAAAGUUCUGUGAGAGCAUGUGGAGGCUUACAUUUUAUUUAUCUAUUUUUAUAUAUGGACUCAGAUUUCUUUGGUCGUCACCCUGGUUGUGGGAUAUACAACAAUGCUGGUAUAGCUAUCCUUUUCAGCCGAUAACAGCUGGCAUUUAUUACUAUUAUGUCAUCGAACUGGCCUUUUACACGUCUCUUAUGUAUUCACAGUUUACUGAUAUUAAACGAAAGGAUUUCUUCAUGAUGUUUGUCCAUCAUGUGGCUACUGUUGCACUCAUUAUCUUCUCCUACAUAAACCAUAUGGUGCGAGUAGGUACUUUGGUCUUAUGUCUCCAUGAUUCAGCAGAUAUAUUAUUAGAAGAUACUGAAUACUACUAUGUUUGAAAGCUGGGAACUAAUUGGCCCCUACCCAUCCUGGUGGUUGUUCAAUGGCCUUCUCUUAACAAUACAAGUAUUACAUAUCAAAUGGUCCUACUUCAUCAUUCGCAUUGCCUACAAAGCUAUGGCACGAGGAAAGGUAUCAAAAGAUGAGCGCAGCGAUGUGGAGAGCAGCUCUGAAGAUGAUGGUGGGACAUCAAACAACAGAAAAGGAAUUAUUAACACUUCAAGCAAUGAUCACAAUCGGAUCAAUGGCCAUGUAACUAGUGACCAGUGGGCAGAAGAAUAAAAACAGGGGACAGCUGCUCCACAAUCCAAAGAUUUGAACUCAAUUAUCUAGAAAUGCCCAGUUACAAGAAAUUUUUAAUCAACUGUCUCACCACUCCCAAACCCUCCAAUGAAUCUGAAACAGGACAACACAGGCAGUUUUGCACAGGAUGAAGAAGCUGUUUACUAGUGCAAAACCUUUUUCAACUUUAAUGUUUAAAAGAAUAAGCCAUUUUGUAUUUAAUGUUUGUUGAAAUAUGUAAGAGGAGAAAAAGUAGGCUUCAGGUGGGGUUUUUGGGGGGAGUUAAGCUUGAUCAUCAACAGAUUCUUUGUUUUAUGAUAUUCCAGAAUUUUUGGACAACGAUCUAUCAAUCCAUAUUUCUUCUAGGAUCUACUGGGCUACACCUAAACAACCUGGGGAUUGUGGUACAGAUAGAGUGAACGGUUUACUUAUUAGAGCAUGGCAUAUCAAUGACCAAUAUUUUUUUCCUCAUGUCAUCUUACUGAGUGAUAAGAAAGAUGAAGCUGACAUUUAUUUUCCUUGAGUGGUACAGCAUUUCCAAAGUCUUCAUUGUGAUUUCUUACACAAUCCUGCUUUUCGUACCAAUUCUGGAUUUGAGUUCAUUUAAAAAUUACAAAACGAGUAGUUUUCGGCAAUAGUAUUAUAGAUAGGGAUGACCAGUGUUUGUUGGUGAUUGUCCCAUAAAGCUAAGUUGCAAACGUUCCCAUGUUUUCAGAAAAGUGAUACCCUGGAUGAACCUCAAUCUUGUAUGAUACUGCUGGGAUGCAAUGGCUAUCUCACAGGGACUGGAUGGGUCUCCUGCCCCCACUUGCCUUUUAUUCAAUGGUACUUCAAAGAAGAUGGAAGAUGGGGAAGUGUUGAUAGGACUUGGGCUUUGGAAAUCCCCUGAAUUAUCAUUUUAUAUUAUUGUUUACUCUGUGAUUAAAAAAUCCUUGAUGAAUAGGA